ACAUUUUUUAGUAAAAAGUAAAAAAUGUUAAACGUAUUGGAUACAAUAUUUCUGAUUUUUCUUGUAUUGGUUAUUUUCAUUGACCAGUUGCUGCAGAAAUAUGAAAAUAUCAUACCGGUGUUAUCGAAAUGUUUUAAAUAUGGCAACUUUGCAUAUCGGGGGAAAGGGGCAGAAUAUCUAAGUGUGAUCGAAAUACCGAAAUCCACGUAUCUUCAUUUCUACUUGUGUGCUGUGGUUUUCGGAGGGACGCUUUUUUUAUACGCCAUUGGAGUUUAUUUUUUAAAUUUUCCGGUUAAUCGCUACUUGUCUUCGAUACUGCAUUUCCUCUGCCAGAAGAAUGAACCAUCAGUUUCAGUGGCGGCAGCUUUGCUGACACUGCUACUCAUAUUGCUCCAAACUUCGAGACGCUACUAUGAAACCAGCUGCCUGCAGGUCUUUUCAAAAUCCGCCAAAAUCAACAUCAUCCAUUACUUAGUCGGGCAUGUGCACUACUGUGGAAUAAUUUUGACAUCUAUUGGAGGAGCUCCCCUGUUUUGUGGUAAUCAAGACAGAGAAAAAAUAAACUGGAUUGAUGGCAGAACGACUGUCGUGGCUCUUCCGUGCAUCGCCAUUUUCCUCUGGGCCUGGCAAGAACAAUACCAAAGCAACGUCAUACUUGCCAACCUGAGAAAAGACAAGAAGUCAGGAGAAGUAGUCACGGAAAAGUACAAGGUUCCAAUGGGACGAAUGUUCAACUACGUCUCAAGCCCGCACAGAUUCUGCGAAAUUGUUCUCUACUUGGUUUAUUUUGUUCUCAUACCUACGAAGACGUAUUUCAUUAUUUUCCUAUGGGUUCUCGGUAAUCAGGUUUUGGGUGCUAAAUACACGAAUGAUUGGUACAAAAAUACUUUUAAAGAGUUUCCAAAAGACAAGAAGGCAAUAAUUCCAGGGAUUUUUUGA